AUGCUGGUCCCUCAAGUGCCUCACAAGGGACCCAAGGAGCUGGUCAUCGCCUUCGACUUCGGCACCACCUACUCUGGCGCCGCCAUAUGUCUCCUUAAUCCUGGAGAAGUGCCCGACCCCCGACCGGUAAUGCCCUGGCCUGGCGUGGGGUGGGCAAAGUUUGCGUCAAUCGUGUAUUACACAAAAGCGAAUGGUGGCUUGCACGCGUACGGGUCUGCAGACGAGCUAGAGAGCACCGAGAUCGAAGACGCGCUUGCUGCGGGAGAGCUAGAGGCAGCUCGGAACUUCAAGCUCUGCUUAGGCGGUAUUCUGGACAACGCCUGGAAACAGGGCGUUGACAUUAAGCUCAUGAUGAGCCACCCCAAUGGCUGGGAGGGCUCCCAACAAUCCGCAUUGCGAAGAGCGUGCGAGAUGGCGAAGAUAACCUCUUGUCCAGAUCAUGACGUGGAGCUCAACUUCAUUGCAGAAGGAGAGGCUUGUCUACACUUUGUCUCCUCGCAGCUUGAAGACGGAGACGUGGUGGUCGUUGUUGACGCGGGAGGCGGCACUAUCGACAUUUCUACCUAUGAAUGUUCGAAUGGUGUCUACAACGAGGUUGCGUUACCGGACUGUCUAUACGCCGGCUCGAUCACGCUAGAUCGCGCGGCCGAAGUGCUGGUAGAUAGCGUCCUUGAAGACACAAGCGCUCGAAACCGCGCCUACAAGGAGUGGAAACGAGUAAAGCUACUCCUUAAGGAGACCACCAAGGAUGUUACGUUGAGCUUGUACAUGAACGAAGAUACCACCCCUCCUCCAAACACGACUCGGCGCAACGCGCCCGCGUACGUCAAAGGCAGCGACCUAAUCAUUACAAAAGCAGGUAUCAAAGAGAUCUUCAAAUCGAGCGUAGAUAGCACUGUCUCGAGCAUACUGGACAAGAUGGACUACUGUGCAAAUUUGCGCGAGGCACUUCAAGUCAAUCGCGUAGUAUUCCUCGGAGGAUUAGGGGAUUCCCAAUACUAUCGCUCUGAGGUUGAAAAACGCGUCAUUGCCUCUGGUUCCUCCCGAGUAACAUUCUGCAAAGCUGAUGAAGCACACUCGAAAGCUGUAGCCUUGGGUGCGGCUCGCGCAGCAGCUUCGAAUAUAGUGGAACUACAUCUUGCGCCUAUGCAUUUUGGCAUCGAGGUACAGAUGGAAUUUGACGCUUCGAAUCCGGAACAUCGUCUACGGGCUCACAAGAAGCACCAAGACCCCGUGACCGGCAAGUGGUAUCUUGGAGGCAUUUUCUCACGCCUGAUCAGCAAGGGAGAACGGGGCUCAAGCAACGCAGGUCCGAGUGAGCCUUUCUCCAUCACCACGUGGACGGACAACCUUGCGUGCACAGAUGACGAGGUAUUUGAGUUUCGAGGUCAUGAGUGUCCAGAAUGGCUGGACGAGGGGAAUUUCGACAAGCUCCUGCGAGUCCAACUGGACAUUGCACGAGAAGAUUUUGAAUGCAAGGCAAAAGUCAAUGCGGAGGGUCUUGAGGUCUACGAGUGGAACUAUGAGCUGCAGUUCCGCCUCUUUGGUACCGAGCUCGAGGCUGUCUGCUCUCAAGGAAGCAAAAGAGCCAGUCAUCCAGGAAUUGUUGGCGCAGCCAAGCGGUCGACGAAGCCGGUACAAAAGGCAAAGUCCAACAAGCGCCCUCGACGCGACUGA